GGCGAAAACUGGAGAGAACAGCGUCGAGCAUCGCUACACAUUCUCAGAGAUUUUGGAAUGGGAAAGAAUUUGAUGGAAGAACAGGUUCUGCUUUCUGCCCAAGAUUUCCUUGCCCACCUGUCCUCCAUCAAGAACAAAGACGAGAUUUGUCUCCGUGAACCGAUUCAGGUUUUCAUAGGGAACAUCAUCAACAAGACCUUGUAUGGCUUCAGUUACGAAUACGAUAAAAGUGAUCGGAUGAUGAAAGCAGCUAAAGAACUCAAUGCCUUAAUAGAAGGAAUGAACUAUGACAAUCUGCUUAAUGUAUGUAUGGACUUCUACACAGCUGGUAUGGAGACGACUACCACAACGCUCAGAUGGGCUACAUUGUUGUUUGCUACUCACCCGGAAGAGCAGGUAAAACACCCACUCACAAAACAUUACCUUGUAGUGGUAAUUGUAUUUGUGAUAAUCAUUUCAAACUACUCAAAGGAAAAAGUGCGUGAAGAGAUUCUGAGAGUCGUUGGUCCAGAAGGCAAGCCAACUUCAUCGGACAGACAGAAAAUGCCUUAUACCAAUGCGACAAUCCAGGAAAUCCAACGAUGGGCUAAUAUUCUUCCCAUGAAUGUCGUUCAUCGAACUGUGAGGGACACUUCCGUGAAGGGAGUAAAAAUUCCUGCAGACACCCAUGUGCUCGGCGAAAUUCAUCAAAUUCUCGCUCACUCGCCUGUGUUCAAAGAUGGGCACGAGUUCCGUCCAGAACGAUUCCUUAUGGAGGAUGGUGUCACUCCUAAUAAGGAGGCAGUCGAUCACUUAUGCCCUUUCUCGAUGGGUAAAAGGCAAUGUGCUGGAGAGGCAUUAGCUCGAGUCGAACUUUUUGUUGGUGUCGUCUCAUUACUUCAAAACUAUAGGGUACGUUUGUUCGAUAUCGAACCGUCGAAAGGGCGUAAAGUCGAUUUGGAACCGAUAUUCGGUGGAAUUCUUCUACCGAAAAUUCAACCUCUCAGAUUGUUGGACUUCGCCAGAAUCCAUGAGGAAUUUGCUAGAUAUACCAAAGAGUACGGUAAUAUAUUCACUGUUUAUCUGCCCAAGCCUCAUGUGGUUAUUACCGAUUUCGACGGUGUCAAGGAAGCGUUCGUGAAAAAAGGUGAUGAUUUCAUUGGACGUUCGGGUCUUUUUCCUGACACCAUAUUCCAGAAUGUAGAAAAUGGUGGAGUAAUUUUCUCACAGCUCCGUCGUACUAUCAAAGAAGACGUGGCACGGGCAUUGGAAUCAUAUUCAGUGGAUCAGGAGCCUGAAUGUCUAGUACAAGCCUACUACCAAAAAAUGCAGAAUGAUCCAAAUCUCAAGUGA